AUUUAAUCAGAAAUUUCGUUUGAUAUUCAUAGCAAUGAACCAAAAUUUCCUCGCGUUUUUAUUAUUUAUACUUUUGCCAGUGAUUCAUGGUGAUUUUGAAGACUCAAUACUUGACGAGCACAAUCGUUAUAGGGCGAAACACAAUACUCCUAAAUUGACGUUGGACUCUGGUCUGAGCUCAGGAUGUGCUUCGUAUGCUAAGGAAAUUGCGGCUAAGAACAGUCUUGACCAUUCAAGUGGAAAUUAUGGGGAGAAUCUAUGUAUGAGAUCUUCUGACCCGGUGCAAUGUGUGAAAAUGUGGUACGACGAAAUCAAGGACUACGAUUACAAGAAUCCUAAAUUUUCGGCAGCCACAGGCCAUUUCACUCAAGUCAUUUGGAAAAGCUCCAAAAAGAUGGGGGUUGGCAAGGCCAAGAGUUCAAGUGGAGCAUACUACGUGGUAGCUAGAUAUACGCCGGCCGGAAAUGUGGUGGGCAAAUUUAAGGAAAACGUGCUGCCCUUAAGUGGCACGAAGCCCGAAUGUUCCUACUUGAUAAUGUUAUUGGCGAAACACAAGACUCCUAAAUUGACGUUGAACGCUGAUCUGACCUCAGGCUGUGCUUCGUAUGCUAAAGAAAUUGCUGAUAAGAAUAAGCUUGAGUAUUCAAAAGGCAAUUAUGGGGAGAACCUAUGUAUGACAUCUUCUAAUCCGGUGGAAUGUGUGAAAACGUGGUACGACGAAAUCAAGGACUACGAUUUCAGGCAUCAUCGAUUUUCAUUCGGCACUGGCCACUUUACUCAAGUGGUUUGGAAAAGCUCUAAGGAGUUGGGUGUUGGCAAGGCCAAGAGUUCAAAAGGAGCAACCUACGUAGUAGCUAGAUAUACGCCGGCCGGAAAUAUCGAUGGAAAAUACAAGGAAAACAGGCACGAUGCCCGAAUGUUCCUACUUGAUAAUGUUAUUUUGGGUGAUCUUAUUCUUAUUCAAAUAAUUUGUUGCGCGCUUUUGUUAUGUUUACCAGCGAUUCAUGCAUCUGUUGAGGAAGACGUGCUGGAGAGACAUAAUAGUUAUAGAGAAAAACACAAUUCACCUGCUUUGACUUUAAAUAGUCGACUCAGCAGAGAAUGUGCUGAUUACGCUAAAGAAAUAGCGCAGAAGGACGUGCUUAAGCCUUCGGGGGAGAACUGGUAUGGCGAAAGCCUAUGCCGAACAACUUACGACCCGACAACUUGUGUCAGAGACUGGUACAAUGAAAUCAAGGAAUACGAUUACGAUAACCCAAAAUUAUCGAAGGAAACUGAACACUUUACACAACUAGUUUGGAAAAGCACCGAAGAGCUGGGAGUCGGUGUUGCCAAAGGCGCGAGAGGCGACAGCUUUGUAGUGGCGAGAUAUGUCCCGCCUGGCAAUGUGCCAGGCUACUUUGAAGAUAAUGUGCCAAUCAAAGGUAGAAGCACCCGGCCAACACAUUCCAUUGCUCUUAUCAUAUGCAUAGCGAUCGCCUCCUUGUUAAAUAUCGCUUUUCUAUUAUGACAAUCCAACGAAUCCUUGCCAAAAUAAAAGCUAAGUGGGUGCUUAAAACAAU